UUCCUGAAUGCAGAUUGGUUCCCUGCAUGAAACUGUUCUGUCACUGAUCUACCUCUUCAUUACAAACUAAAUCUUGCGUACAAAACACACGUGUGUGUGUGUGUGUCUCUCUCUCUCUAUAUAUAUAUGUAUAUGUAUAGAGCAGCAAAAACCCAUUGAUUUUCAGUGGCCAUUAGGGUUUGUUUCGAUGUGUGUGUUUCUCACUUCUCACUGUUGAAAACCAUGAAUCCAUUUUCAACACCACAGCAUUCUCGCAAACUCCUAAAUGCGAUGAAGGGCUCGGCCUUGGCACCACAACCCCACGUUAGACCCCCAGAAAGAACCAUAAGUGUUGUCAUCACCAUCAUCGUCAUGGUCAUGCUCAUCUGCACUUUGGUCAUUCACUUAAUCUUUACUUGCUUCCGCCGACGCCAACACUCCGUUCAUCAGCCUCCACCUGCGACAUCGUCAUCUCAUAGCGACGAUCUCGCUGCCCUUCCUACUUUCAUCUACUCCGAAGACUCGGUCUCGGCUUCUUGUUCUUCUUCCAUGGCGUCGUCAUCGGACUCCCAGCCGAUUUGCGCGAUAUGUUUGGCGGAGUUCGUGCAUGGCGAAAUUCUCAGGGUUUUGCCUAGGUGCAACCACUUGUAUCACAAGGAAUGUAUCGAUCAAUGGUUGGUGGUGGGGUCCCUCAGCUGCCCCAUUUGUAGGGACCGAACGAUCGAUCAGGAUGUCGAGCCCAAGAGGAGCCGCUGCACUCACUCUAAUGGGGUCGGCGAUCCAUCCAUGUUUCCGACUCUCAACUUUACUACCAAUCACUUGCAGUAAAUUUUUGUUUUUCCUAUUUUCUUAUAUAUUUGGUUCAUUCUUUUUAAGCUUAGGCUCUGUUUGGCUUCUGGGAAACCUCUGAACAUGAAGAGGGCUCAACAACAACCUCAGCAACCAAACAUAGCGCGAGAUCCUUGGUGAAAGUUUGGGUAUUGAUUUGAGUCUGAAGAGUACUAUUUGCAAUCAAACAAUUUUGUCAGCUUUUGAGUGUGAAAUAUUUGCGGCUUGAUCAGAUCUUGUUUCAAUUAUGUGACAUUUGGUAUUAAUGAUUUUGUGUUCUUAAUUGUUCUCUAGUUCCUGAGAAUAAAUAUUCUUGCUUGAUUAGAAUACCAAAGUUUUA